AAAGGACGCUCUCUCUCUUCUCCUAUAACCCUGUUGUCUGUUUCGUGUUCUCCCCUUCCCUCCCUGCGUUUUCCUUCUAACGUCAAAACUACAGACUUACAAUAAAAAAUAAAAAGAAAACCACUGAGAAACUCCCAUUUCAAUCGACACGCUCCAACUCACACCUUCCCCGCACCCCUCGUUUCUCCCACAUUUUCCCCAUUUCCAUUGGCCCCUCCCCUGUUUCUUAGGGCUUUCCAUAUUUCCUCCCUCCAUGAACGAACCUUCUUUAAAGCAUGGAGUGAGUUGAGUUGAUUUACGCUCUCUUCUUCCUACCAUAACUCCAUAUUCAUGGCCUCCUCCUUCAGUCCUUCUCCGUGAACCUGCAUGUGAGAGAUCAAAGCGAUUUGGGUCUCUUUGGAUGACGAUUCCUAACCCGAGGUCAUAACCAAGGAAGACCCUUUCCUCCCUACAAUGCCUCUCCCAUGGAAGAAAUCCAGGGUGCCUCGAAUUUCUCGCCUCGUCGCCGAUCUCCAAUCCCCCAAGCGCCGUGGAUCCUUGGUCAUCGAGACCGGCUUCCCCACCUCCCUCAUCGAUCUCUUUGUCAAGAACCAGGAUCGCCUCAAGAAAUCCUCCAAGAAGAAGAAGGUGAAAUUGUCCUCUGAGGUUGCCGGACCAGCUUUUAAUUCCCCUGAAAAGAUUUCCUCUUCGAGCUGUGCUGUUCCCGAACCCCUUGAAAUCGCGACACCUAGAUGCCAAAAUGGCCUAAAUGGUGAUGGAAGCGCUACAGGAGAUGUGGGUGAGGCUGAUUGUUUGGUGGGUGCUGAUGAAGUUGAUGAUGGUGAUGGGGACUCGGUUGCUAAUGGAGUGUUUUUUGUGGUUUUUAAAAUUUUUCUGGUGUUGGUUCUAGCUUUAGGGACGAAGAAGCUCGCGGUGGGGAUCACAAUGUCAGCUUUCUUGCUGUUGUUUCUCGAGUACGUGGGGAAGCAUGUGUUCUGUUUCUUGAGACCGUGUUCGGCGGCGCAGAAACGAUUGAACUCUCUGAUCCAAAGGGUUUUGAUUUUGGUUCGGCGAAAAGACCGUGUGUUGCUAGCUGAGGAGAUCGAAGAAGAAAAUUCUGCAGCACCCGCUUCUUCUUGUUUGGUUGUGGCUCUUGAUUCUACGGCUUCCGCUGAAGAAAUUCAAAUUGUAGAAAGUAAUUAUGAUUCUGUUGCCCCGGGAGAAGAAAUUCAAAUUGCUGAACCUAACUUUGAUUUACUAAGUCGAGAUAAAAGAUGGGGAUCCAUAGAAGUAAACUCACGGAAGAAGGACACGGAGAAUGAUGAGGAUGGUUGUGAAUUUUCGGGUGUUCCGAAGCAGCGUAGUCGUAGUGGCACACUAAAAACCAAGAUAUUGUUGAGGAAACUUGUUCCGAAGAAGCUUCGCACUUCAAAGAAGGGGAGAAAGAGUAAGGACAAAGAUCAGGAAUCGAGCAGUGAAUUAUCUGGUCACAUUGGGGAGUCUGUUCCGGAAAUGUCUGCAGCGCAAGAACAGCUAGAAGGUGGGGAUCAAGCCCGUGAAGAUGAGGACAAAUCAAUGCCCUCUUCUUGGAGAGAAGAAAUGGGUGGUGAAGAAGAAGACAUAAAUGCUGCUAUUUCAAGUAUUGACAAUUUUUUGCAGACCAAAGUUGAGACUGCUGUAGGUAGGGAAGAGGUGGGAAGAUUUAGGAAGGAGAACUCGGGGUAUUUGAUUCUCCUUUCAAUUGUUCUUGCCGGGCUUGCAGGGGGUCGAAUUCUAGCCUUCACACUCACCUUAGCAUGGUUUUUGAUGUUGAAAUCAGUUGGAUUUCUGAGAAAAUUAAUGAAUGAAUCAACUAUCAAAUCUCCUACCGAAAAUUCAGGUUAGAAUUUGGGGGUCUUGUUCAUAGAAGCCUUUGUCCUUUUAUUUCUGUUUCCUAGCGCUCUUGGUUUCAUAUGAAGUGUUUUUAAACCCUCAAUUUAUACUUCAAAGAAGGUCCAACCGUUUGUUGGUUGUCCAACUUGAGGUAUUGUACGCUGCAAUGUAAAUUUACCCUCACAAUUCACAAUUUACAAUUUACAAUGGAGUACUUCUUUACUUGUCUCUGUUACAGAGCUUUGUGUUGCAGUUCAUAUAUUCAAAUAAGUAUUUUUC